CGGAGAGAAUGUAGCGUUGAGGAUUUUAAUAAGAAACAAUUUAAGAAUCGCGCUCUUGGCCGUGCGAAAAGCGCUUGGCCCAAAUAGUUUAAAUGUCCCUUUUGGUAGCGUCGAUUGAGUGUGUUUAGUCCCCGGUGUCCUGCCGAUAAAGAUUGUGUUGUUUUCGUGCCGGCAGAGCUCAUCAAUUCGAAACCCCCCAAAAAAGUUUCCACUUUUUCUUUCCCCCAGAAAAGUGACAAUUAUUUGUGGCCGUGGUCGGCAGAUGCAGCUGCAAAUCGGGAGGCGAUUAAAGCAGUGCAAUCCGGCGCAGGUCCUCUCUAUUUGUUUAUGUUGAUAAACAGUACUUGUGGGACAACUAGGCAAGUGUGAAAUUGCCACGGUUAUUAAGUGGUUGUUGUUACUUGGUGUACGUGCAGAAAACCUAAAUCAGACAUCCCCAGAAGAAGAAGAAGAAGGAGGAAAAGAAGGAGGAGGAGCAGCAGCGACUUCUCAGUUGUUUUUGUUUAGCUGCGAGAGAGAGGGAGAGAGCGCGACGAAGAACACGCGGCUCUUUCGAAAAAAAGGGCGGGAAGGCCCUUUUAGUUCGAAUAAAUCCUCUCCUAUUGAUAAUCCGUAACUUUGCCCGCCGGACAUGUCAAGGGGGGGCGAGCACAAGCGCGUCACCCUCACCUCGAUCAUCCAGGGCGAUGUGGGCUUCUCGCGCUUCGGAAGCAACUUCCUGGAGCCGGAUGUCCCGUCCACAGUAUCAAAUAACAAUUCCAAACCCACGACCAAGACUGCCAAGUGCAUCCGUAUCAAACUCGAUCUGUUCGAGACAGAUUCAAACAAGUAUCCCGAGUUUAACUACUCCCGGCUUUUGUACUUAGAGAAGAAAAAGGCAAAAAAGCUGAAGCAGGUUACGAAUUGCAAUGGUGCCGCCGGCACUGAUCCCUUUGCAGACAACGAUGACGAUGUGGCCAGGAUAGUCAAGGAGCUGGAGGCCAAAUACGGCAACUCCUAUGCCACUGGAAGGGGCAAGAGCAAAAAAGACGACUACCGCGAUAUUGGAAUAGGAUACGAUGAGUCGGACUCCUUCAUCGACAAUACUGAAGCUUACGACGAAAUCAUCCCGGAGGAGGCGGAAACUUUGGAAGGCGGCUUCUACAUCAACUGCGGCGCCUUAGAGUUCAAAAACCUCACCAAAAAGUCCUAUACUACGCGAACAGAUGCCAUCAUCAAAAUGCCGGAGCGAUCGCGCAAGCGCAUGGUCUCGUCUAGUUCGGAAAGUUCAUCUUCUUCUUCCGACGAUGACGACGAGAACGAUGACGACAACAAUGGAGAGGAAGAGGAAAGCGACUCCGAGGACGAUUCCGAUGAGGAGGACGAAAGCGAUUCCGAGGACGACUCUGAAAGCGAGAGUCUUGAAGACGAAGACUCUGCAGCCACGGCCAAAUCCAGCAAGUACAAGGACAAUCAUGCGGCCAAGCGGCCAAAGGUCAUCGUUACGGAAAAAAGAAAGCCAAGCUCCAAUUCAUCGGCGGGAGCUAAAAAGCCACCAAUUAAGCCGGUCACUACCUCCUCGUCCUCAAACUCGCCUCGGCCUAGUACGGUGGAGAUUUCGGAUACGGAAGAAGGGCAACCCCAGACACAGAUUCAGCAACCCGGACAGUUUCAUGCCAUGCUUCAGAGUCAGGCUCAGGCUCAAGCAUUGAAAAAGGUGGUGAAGACGACAACUGUCAAAGACAUGUUGAAGGCGAAGCGGGACAGUUUCCUUAAGUCGCAGAGCGGCGCGGCAGCUGUGAAGGGUGUCGCGAACGGCGAGCUAAAAUGCAUUUCUACGGACGUUUCCAGCAGCGACAGCAGCGACAUGGAGUCGGCAACGGAGCAAGGUCGAGGAGACAGGCAGGGCGCUCAGCAAAGCAAAGAAGGACAGGAAAAUCUUCGUACUGCCGACACUCUGCUGCCCACUACGCUGGAUGCGGAUAUUUUGACCGCAGUAAACAGUUUCAAAGAAGCAGUUAGGAGUAGAGAUUUGUGUGGCAAGAAGUUUAACCUAGAUGCCAAGCUCACUCCUUUAUUGCUCAGAGUGUAUGAGGCGGUGCUAUGUACGGACCGCAACGAACGCAAUAUGGUAUUUUCGCAUAUCGAAUAUCAGCUACAGUUGCCCAAGUACUACAUGCUACGCAAAGGAAAGCAAGUGCGCGCAAAGGAGGAGAAGAAUAAGACCACCAAUAUGCUGGAUAAGCUGCGUUGGGCUGUAGCAGUGGUCAUGCCUAAGGCGAUCGCUGACUAUGAAACUGAACUGCGAACAUUUGCGGAACAAGCAGCUACGGACGUGAACUCUGAGUUACCGCCAAAGAUGCCGCGCAAGAAGUUCCAAUGGACCAGCGAGUUGCGUCACCUGCUGUACAAUGUAUACCAAGCACGCUGGACAUCCUAUGCGGUUUUGGCUAAGCGAAAAGACUCGCUGGAGGAGUUCAUCAAUUGGUAUCUCAAGAAGAAGGUGGUGGAACUGUGGCCGCCAGGCUGGAUGCGUUUGGAUGAGCUGCAACGGGAAAUAACCAGGUACAAGAACACUAAAAUAAAAGCAAAGGAGAAGCCGAAGACUAUUUCGGUUCCCGCUUCACCGAAACUUGCUGCAUCUGCCCCUGAGCAAAUGCCGCAUGCAAGCAGCUACCUGAAGCCAGUGGAGGAAAUCCGAUCUCGAGGAAACUCCGACACGGACUCAGCUACAAGUGCCUCCUCCAAUAGCCUGAAGCGCAAGCUAAAGGAGAUGCCCAAACAAACCAGCAAACCGCCGAAGAAAAAGGUUGCCAAGCAGAUACCGCAGCAACCACAGCUGCUACAGCAUCCGCAAUUCCAGCUGGCACCCGCUGCCACGGCGGCAGUCAGUGUGCCAGCCAUUAGCAAUAAUAACAACCACCUGCCACACCUGGAUACGCUGCUCUCCAUGCCAAGCACCUCGGCCCAGGCAGCUGUUCUAAAUGCCGCUGCCGUGGCAGCUGCCAGUACAGUUCUGGACCUGGCAUCUCCUAGCCGAAAAACUGAUCUUAAUAGUAGUAGCAACUUUUACAAUCUGAUUACGGCCGCCACCUUGGCCGCCAGUGGGAAUCCUAGUCCGCAUUCUAGCGAAGGCCAAGCCAAGGUGAUUGUGGGGGCGCGGCCCUCUCCGCAUGUGAUCAACCUGGAUGACUACCAAUGCACCAGCGAAAUACUACAGACAUCCAAGCAGCUGGCUGCCACCACCACUGUCAUCACCUCCACCGCUAAGACUGCUCAGACAACACCGGUAGGCAGGGAGAGCAGCAGCGAAUCAGAUGGAGUAGAGAUCGUUGGUGUUUUUCCUGCCUCGAAGACCCAAAAGAAAGUCCAACCAAAACCCAAGAACAAAUCUCAGAAUAGAGGAAGAUCGUCCUUGGGAGCAGUGGGGCAGAUCAAUGGAUCCCUGGGUUUCAGCGCGAAUAACAUGUACAUUUACAACAACCCCAGAACCCUGGGCCCAGUGUACGAUCUCACUGAUCCGCAUAUAAUGAAGACCAUGUCAAAUCUAAAGGAGAUGGAGAAACAGCUCAUCAAAGCGGCCUUUUCGCCUAGUGGCGUCAAGGGAGCCAGCGGAGGAAUGGGAUCCUCUGCCCCAAGUACGCCUUCGCGACAAUGACAAUCGGGU